GCAGGGCAGGGGGGGGGGGGCUUCAGCCCGACUCACCGUCUCGACGACAUGCCGUGGGUCAGCGGCGGUAAGCGGCGGGAGAGCUCGGAGCUGCCGCUGCCCGCGGGCUGGGAGGAAGCCCGAGAUUACGACGGGAGAGUGUUUUUUAUCGACCACAACACCCGGCAAACUUCGUGGAUUGACCCCAGAGAUAGGAUUACGAAACCGCUAACGUUUGCCGACUGUGUUGGUGAUGAGCUGCCUCUGGGGUGGGAGGAGGUUUACGACCAGCAAGUGGGAGUUUACUACAUCGACCACAUUAACAAAACCACCCAGAUUGAGAACCCGCGGACACAAUGGCGCCAGGAGCAGGAGCGCAUGUUGAAGGAGUACCUUGUGGUGGCCCAGGAGGCCCUCAACGCCAAGAAGGAGAUGUACCUGGUCAAGCAGCAGCGACUGGAGCUGGCUCAGCAGGAAAUGCUGCUAUUAGACGAGCUCUCUGGGGACAACCACUCCAUCACCAGCACUUUUUCCGGCUCGUCUUCAAGUGCGAAAUACGACCCUGAUCAAAUCAAAGUGGAAAUAGCCUGUAAACGAGAACGGCUCUCCAGACUGAAGCAGGAGCUGGCCCAGGUGAAGCAGGAGCUGCAGUAUAAGGAAAUGGGAGUGGAGACCCUGCAGGAAAUUGAUAGGAAGAUGUCCCACAGUCAGACAAACUACAAGCUGGAUGAGGCUCAGGCCAUCUUCAACGAGCUGCGGAGCAUCAAGAAGGCCAUCAGCACAGGCGAGAAGGAGAGGCAGGACCUCAUCCAGAGCCUGGCUAAGCUGACGGUUAACUUCCAAAGCAGCCUGUCCAUCAGCGACGCAGCCAGCGAGGUGGCAAACAGCGCUACAACCAGCGGUGACUCGUGCAAUCCACAGCAGUACUGCGACACCGGCUGCCAGACGGACAUCAUGGGAGAGUAUGGCGCUCCAGACUCUUCCCAUUUGGUGGACAAAGUGAAACUCAACUGGCAGUACGAAGAAGCCAAGAAAAAGGUGCAGAGCAUACAGCACCAGCUCGCUCAGCUGGACGGCGAGAGCUGGUCGGGGCGCGCCGAAGCGGACCGCGACAGAGACUUCAUGCAGCUCCUGCGUGAGAAGGAGGCCCUCCUGCAGGAGCUCAUCCUGGUCAGCAAGCAGCCGCACACACCAGAGACCCAGCAGCAGCUGGAGGAGGAGCGCUCCAGGCUGGAGGAGGAGGUGCAGAGAGCCCACAGCUCCCAGAGCCAGGGAGCCAAUCAGAGGUUGCUGCAGCAGGAGAAGAGGAACGUUCUGCUCAGACAGCUGCAGGAGGCCACUCGCAUCACCACCUACCUUCAUUCCCAGCUGAAAAGCCUGUCGGCCAGUUCUCUGACGGUCUCCUCCAGCAGCAGCCGGGGUUCUCUGGCUUCAAGCCGGGGCUCCCUGGCAUCCAGCCGCGGCUCCCUCAGCUCCAUCAGCUUCAGCGACAUCUACGGGGUUCCCCAGUACGAGCGCCACGAGGGGGCAGCCGAGCCUCUCGACCCCCACGUCCGAUACCUGCUGCCCCCAGAGAGCGCGCCCAGGGACUGCUCGGUUUUCAGCCCCGACCACCUGCCUCAGAACAAGAACAAACGCUCACACGACACCCCGCAGUCGCUGGCCUCCCUCUCCUCCCGCUCCUCGCUCUCAUCCCUGUCUCCGCCCAGCUCGCCCAUGGAAACGCCUUACCACUCUGCCUCCCAGGACUGCCCCCUCGUCCAGAUGACGGAGGAGUACAUGGAGCAGGCGGGCCGCGGCCUGCUGGAGGGGCUGCGGGCUCAGCCACCAACCUUGUCGCACAGCGUCAUGAUGAGCGGCGAGGACAUGGCGAGCCCCGCAGCUCUGCAUCAGCUGGAUGGCAAGGUCCAGAGAGACGGCGGGGCUCAGACCGCCUUCUCAUCUACAGGAGUGACUCUGAGGGGAAACAGCGCCAACCGGAGCGGCAGGAGGGCCAGGCGAGUCUCUGCAGGGGUUUCUGAGGACGCUCUGGCUACGGACAGCGGCGUGUUCGAGGCGUGGGGCAAAAGGACAGAAGAGUAUGAUGAAGUCUCCUACACUAAAGAGUUGUCCUCUGCAAGUGAGCCCACCCAAAUCCAGCUAGGACUGCUGUGGGAAUCUGCGUCUCAGUCUCUACGACUGCACGUGCUGCAGCUGAAGAAUCUGAAUUGUUCCAAUGUGAGAGAAAGCUAUAAAGUGUAUGUGAAGGUCCACUUGAUUCCACUGGACGCCAGCAGGGCCUGUGCGUUUUACUGUUGUACAGCGUUGGAGCCACAAUGCCAGAUGAGUUUCAAUGAAGGCUUCCGUAUACCGGUCCCCGCUAACGCCCUGGCGGUGUGCGCCCUGCAGCUGUCCGUCUGCUCGCUGGGACCUCAGGCUCAGGAGGAGCUCCUGGGUACAGCAAGGCUGGGCCUGGCGGAUUGCGAGGGAAGUGCAGAGAUGGUUUACCACUGGCUGCGAGUCCAAAUAUUGAGCGGGACUGACUCGCAGAGGCCUGAGCAGAAGAGUCUCAACAACCGCAGAAACAAUGACAGCCAGGAGGACGAGCCCCGACUUAGAGCCAAGGACACUGUUUGCAGCCUGCUGUCCCGCGCCACCUCCUCCACCUCCACCCAUUUAGAGGAGCGGGGUGCAGCGCUGGAGCUGCAGAGGCCGGAGAUGGACGUGCGUGGGGAGGCAACGUCUGAGAGGAGUUGGCAGGCAGAGUCUGUGGACAGCGGCUGCAGCAACAGCGCGGCAUUUACCGCUCACUGCCCAGAGGGUUUGUGCGCUGAGGGCAUCUGCGUUUCCACCGGAGGGCGCUGUGAUCAGAUUCCCAGCAGACUGUCUGGAGUAAAGGUUGAGAAGGCCACGAUGACGGAGGGUCCGUUCCCAGAGCCGGUGCGAGUCCGACCUAAAGAGAGGGGAGGUCGCUGGGGCCACGCGUCCCCGUUCAUGCGUGGCAGCACCAUCGUUCGCUCUCAGACCUUCUCCCCUGGUGCACGCAGCCAGUAUGUCUGCAGGCUAUAUCGCAGUGACAGCGACAGUUCCACCUUACCAAAGAAGUCACCCUUUGUCCGAAACACUCUGGAAAGAAGAACACUGCGAUACAAGCAGCAGUCGUACCGCUCCUCAUUGGCUGAGCAGCCAACGCGGACCUCCCUGGACUUGGAGCUGGACCUCCAGGCCUGCAGGACCCGUCAGAGGCAGCUGAUGGAGGAGCUGAGCGCCCUGAGGGAGCUCAAGCUGCGGCUAGAGGAGCCCCACUCCAGCGAGGCCAGCGAGCUCCCCAACUGGGCCCUGAGGGACGAGCGUUUCCGCUGCCUGCUCAGAGAGGCGCAGAGACAGGCCAGCCAAAGCAAGCAGGAGCAACGUCAGGAGGAGGCAGCGGAGAGGCUGCUGAGGAAGGCUUCCAAAGAGGUGCUGCAGAUGAGAGGCCAGAACCAGAAGGAGCCUCUGCCAGUGCAGACAUUCAGAGAGAAGAUGGCUUUUUUCACCAGACCAAGGUUCAACAUACCUCCUUUGCCAGCUGAUGAUGUAUGAGGGCUCACCUCUCUAUUUUGUGACUAAACAUGAAGUAUUUGUCCAUUGUCGUUUUUUUUUUAUUCUUUUUUUCGAGCUCAUGAAGUACAAAGUUGUUUCUACUAAGGAUGCCGCACAUGUGAGCUGCACAUGAUGAAGACCUGAAUGAUUUUUAUAUUUUCAGGAGCCUUUGUGUGCCUUUUUUUUUUUUUUUUUUAACAAACACCACACAGUUAUUGACAACGACCCCGCUGUACAAUUCCUUUUUUCGGGGAAGAUGAUCUUCGGAGCCGAUCUUUCUCUCGGAUCCUGUAUGGGUAACUUCGGUUUGUGCUUACCAAAAGGCUGGAAGACGGGAACAAAAGUCUGUUUGGACAAAUUCACUGUACUGUAACUUAUUUUAUAGUACUUUUUUCCUUGAAGGAAAUAAAACGCUUCCUGCUUUUUAAAUGUAUUUUGUAGCUUUUGAACAAAUAGCACUUCAGUGUUUUUACAUCCAGUAAAAUGAAUCUAUUGUCUGAUAUUUGUUUCUGUUACUUAAUUUACAUAAAAUGUCACUGUGUAACCAACUUUUAUUACAGAUGCCAUUGUUAUUUUGUUCUUAUUAAAAUUAAUAUUAUUUGA